CGCUAUAUCAUCAAUCGUUAUAUAUCGUCGCUAUUACUCUGAUUGAUUCUCGAUAGAGGGAUCUUCUCUCACUAUGAAGUCACAAUUGUUGCCGCUGUCCUUAGGGGCUAUACUAUCUUCGAGCUUCGUCGCUGCCACCUACGAUGACGGGAUUCAAGAGCCCAUCCGAAAUGCUAUAGAUCCCAACAAAUAUCGAGCAGCAUGUCCAGACUACAAGCAAUAUUCUAUGCGGCCGCACCCACCGUACAGCGAAGGCCCACUCGAGCUCCCAUUUCAAAGACCAUCGAAGUACUGCCGCACAUUCGAAUCGCCUUUAGUAGAGCGGGUCAUUGAAGAUAUGAACAAGAACAUGGUCGACAAGGACCUCGCGCGCAUAUUCGAAAACGCUUUUCCCAAUACAUUGGACACCACCGUUCGGUGGCACGUCGACAAUACCCCAUCGCACAAGUAUGGUAAGAGAAGCUGGGAGAAGGGCGCAUGGACUGGGCCACAAAGCUUCAUCGUCACUGGCGAUAUCAAUGCCGAAUGGCUACGCGACUCAACGAACCAGCUGCAGCAAUACCAACCACUCGCCAAGAAGGACAAGGAGAUUUUCAAGCUGAUUCUGGGGGCUAUCAACACACAGGCUGAGUAUGUCAUCGGCUCGCCUUACUGCAACGCCUUCCAGCCUCCUGCGCCGAGUGACCUAAGUCCGACGUUCCAAGAUCAAGCCGACGUCGUGCACCCUGAGUACGAAGCGUCCUUCGUCUUUGAGUGCAAAUAUGAGCUCGAUUCGCUGGCUCACUUCCUGUCUCUGUCCAAUCAAUUCUACAACCACACCGGCUCCACCGCCUUCAUAAAUGCUCGUUGGCUACAAGCCCUCGACACCCUCCUAUCUGUCCUUGACGAGCAAUCCCAACCCACAUUCAACGAGAAGACAGGCGCCUACCACAAGAACACAUACACCUUCCAGCGCCGGACAGAAAUCGGAACCGAAACCCUCGCCCUCAGCGGCGUCGGCAAUCCCCUCGCGGGCGGCACAGGACUCAUCCGCUCCGCCUUCCGCCCCAGCGAUGACGCCACCAUCCUCGGCUUCCUGAUCCCCAGUAAUGCAAUGAUGAGCAUAGAACUCAAGCGCACAGCCGACACUCUCAAGAAAGCAGGGAAACAGCACAUCGCCGACCAACUCUCCAUCUGGUCCGACAACAUCAAAAAGGGCGUCUGGGAGCAUGGCGUCGUAACGCACAAGAAGUACGGCCGUGUCUUCGCGUUCGAAGUUGACGGCUAUGGCUCUUCAAUCUUGAUGGACGACGCCAAUCUUCCUUCUCUGCUCGCUCUACCCCUCCUCGGGUUCAUAAGCGCAGACAGCGAAGUAUACAAGAACACGCGCAGAAUGAUCCUCGAGAAACAAGGGAACCCGUACUUCCUUACAGGCGCUGGCUUUGGUGGAAUUGGAGGCCCGCAUAUUGGGCUGCAGCAUGCGUGGCCAAUGAGUGUGCUUGUGCAGGCUAUGACGAGUGAUGAUGAUGAGGAGAUCUUGAGGUGUGUGGAGAGCGUGAAGAAUGUUAGUCGGAAUGGGUUGAUUCAUGAGAGUAUUCAUGUGGAUUAUGCGAGGGAUUAUACUAGACCCUGGUUCGCAUGGGCGAACUCCGUCUUCGCGCAAACCAUCCUCGAUCUCGCAAAGCGGAAACCACACCUCCUAUUCGGCAAGGGCGCGGAGCCAUACACUCUGGACUAGAAGCCUAAGCUCUCGUCGCGCGAUGUCGGUGGCGCUAUGAGUGUCCAAGAGUCCGCCAUUCGGAGCAUACCCAGUUACGCUGCAUUCUUUGGGAUGCUAUAUGCUCUGUACUUCCUUUCGUUCGUCUUGCAUCGACCCGUUAUGGCGAUGCUGGGAUUGCUGGACAGCGAAGGCCAGAUGAUGUUCCGGGCUUGGCUGUGGGACCAACUGUAGUAGAUCCUCGCUUUGCGUGUAAGCAAGAUGCGUUGAUCUUGACGCCCAGUGCCUAUCCUCUCGCUGCAUGCCAAUCCCCUGGUAUCUUGUGUCAUGUGUUCCUCGUAGUAAAGCGGCUGCUCAGGUUCAAAGCGGUUGUCGAUAUGCCAACAUAUCCUGUAAUCCUUCACAGAUCAGGCUGAUAAUGCAGCCUAAACUUCUUAUUCGCCCUAUCCGGCGCCCUGGUCUGGAACUGCUCUCCAAAGAUCUCA